AUGAAUUUGUUGGUCUACAAAGAGUCACUCCUCAAUUUUGAGGAAACUGACCCACCGCUUCCCACUUUGGCUAAAUCUUUGUUACAAGAUUUCGAGGACGUGCCUAGUAUAUUGCCAACCAUUCAAGGCAUUGAGCAACAAGUCAACUUGAUACCUAUUGUUGUCAUUCCAAACCAACUAGCUUAUCAAAGCAAUCUCGAGGAAAAAAAAGUUUCAGAGGAAAAUGGAGGAGUUGAUGAACAAGGACUAUGUCAGGGAGAGCAUGAGUCCGUGCUCCGUGCCAAUACUGUUGGUUCCAUAGAAAGAUGGGACAUAGAAGAUGUGGGUGGACUCAUCAAUAAUAUAAUGAUAAAGUAUCGUCACCCUAUCCCUAGGUUAGCUAACAUGCUAGAUGAAUUACAUUGUGCCUGCAUUUUUAGUAAAUGUGAUCUUAAAAAUGGUUACCAUCAAAUCCGAAUAAGGGACGGUUUUGUGGUUAGUGCUAACGGCAUAGAAGUAGAAGAGGAGAAGAUAAAAGCUAUUAAAAAAUUGGCCUACACCUAUGAAUAUAAUUGA